AUACAAUUCUACUCAUCAGCUCCAUUACCCAAAAAAUUUUCCAGACAGAAUGGCUUUUCCAAAUAUAAUAAGACCAUUUAUGAUGCGAUGCUCCACUUGAGUGGAAAAAUGCCACCUGGAAUUACUUCAAGUCAGUCUUUACCUGUGGAUUACACUGAAAGGGUGAUUCAACUUCAUUUGCAACAUUCUUCACUUCGUGACUUUCUCAGCCAGUCUGGGUGGGAGAAUGAGGAAGAUUCUGUUAAGGAAAACAGCACAGCUGUGUAUAACUAUGCUCUGGUACUAUACCGAGUUGUACCACAUAGCAUCAAUAAUCUGCCCCCCGUACAUGUGCAAAAUUCACCAAAAGUCAAUCCUUGUUUUGCAUCCAGCAACAUGUAUUCUAAUCCUGAAAGGAUUCUGCUUAGUUGGAUGAACACAAAUUAUGAGAACAGCUGACAUGUUAUUUGGAAAAACUGUCCCAGAGAUGUUAUUCCCUCUGAGAGAUGGAUAGUAAAUUUUGACAGAGACCUUUUAAAUGGCCUUGUUUUUGCAAUUCUGUUAGGAGCCUAUUGCCCAUUUUUGAUUGAGUCUCAUUUUGUAAAUAUGUACACACAACCGAAAAGUUCUGAACAGUAUCUGCACAAUUGCCUGAUUAUUGUGAAUGUUCUUCAUGAAAUUGGCUUUGACAUGGACAUACAGGCUACUGACAUCUGUGAUCCCAAUCCAAUCCCGAUGCUUAUGUUUUGUGUCUGCAUGUAUGAAAGACUUCCUGCAUAUCUCCCCAAGAAGGUGGUGCCCUUUCAUUGUACUCUACAUGACACUGUGUUGAGAGAGAUUCUACUGAAAAAUUCAAGCUUGAAAAACUUAUUGUAUAAUGCUACAGUUAUCAGAAGAGAUGCCACUGACUUCUCCCUCUCCCAAGGGAAGGUUGUGACAGUUUCUCCAAAAAACCAAAUUACUGUCACUCUGAAAUUUACCAGUCGCUUCCUCCAUCCUGCUGAAGCUUCACUGCUAUUAAUUUCAAAACCUAAGAAUGGAACAGGAGGUACUACGAUGACUUUUGCUCUCAAGGGUGAAGCCCUCAAUUUUAAAGCCAUCGCAACUAUAAAAUGCAAAUCUCCAUGUUAUAAAUGGAAAGAAAUCACUGUGAAUGUUAAAAAUCCCUUCCACCCGGGCUUCCCUGGUGAUUUUAGUGUCAUUUUUGUGGAAUCCUCAACAUUUAUCUCUUUGCCACCCCAAUUAACUGAAGUUGGAGAAUUUGUUGACCACAUGAACGAUGGCGGUGCUGUGAGUAGCAGUGAACAUGAUGUUGCUGAGGGCUGUUCCCAGGCCCCAGAUGCCUUAAAAACCUCAAUUAAGUCCAAUUUCAUCAAAGAGUUCUUCUGCUCUACACAUACUCUUCACCUGGGAGCGGAAGGGACUUCAAGCCUGGAGCUCUUCUUUCUCCCCUUUGGCAUGCACACCCGCUACUGUGUCAUCGUCUUCAGCAACAAAAAGAUUGGAGAAUUAAUAUAUGUUUUGGAAGGAAGAGGUAUGAUCCCCUUGCCUUCCAGAUUCUUUCCAAUGGAUUCUUCAACUCCGCUUGACCACAGCAGUUCUCAAGAAGAAGUGCUUAAUAAGGAAGAUCCAGUUCUGUAUUUGAAAUGUAAGCUCCGUCAAAUCCUGGAUGUGGACCUUAAAUUGCCACUGACUAAUGAAGCCAAGGAGAAGGCCUUGGCUUUUGCAGCACAGCAACAGAUGUCGAAGAUCGAGUAUGAGAGAAGGUUGAUCACGGGCACUCUGGAGAGCAGUAGCGUCCGCGUGGCCAUCGCCCUCCUGGGGCUGACCAAGAUCGAGAUUUGUAUGCUCUUUAAUAUCUCAAAGUUGAAGAAGCCAAAGUCCAUUUUAUACAAAACAGAGCUGAGCCUUCCAGAACAUUUUGAUAUCCCCAAGACAAUCUGCAUUCCUCGGAUUCCGGAAACUCAAGCUAAAUUGACUCAAUAUCAAGGAACUAAAUCUGCAGAAAAAACAGUUACAGAUGGAUCUGUUCCAGUUCCUUUACAAUUUGUUCCUCUCAGUCCUGGACGCUACCCUUGUAAAAUCUUGUUGACAUCAAGGUAUGAUGUGCGUGUCUAUUGCAUUGAAGGUGUGGUAAAUGAAGAAUGUCCAGAGGCCAGAUUUGAUUUUGAAACACCAGCAUUUGAAGCCCUUACCCAGAAUAUUCCAAUAAAUAAUAAAACAAAGAAUGAAUGGAAAUGACAAGUUACUAUAGAAGGAGAAUGGUUUUAUGGACCUCCUGUUUUACAUGUUGGACCAGGUGAAACUGUGAAUUAUCCUCUCACAUUCAAACCUACUUUGGAAUGUGAGAUUAUGGGCAAACUUACCCUACAAAAUGAAGUAGAUGGUAUGGAGCAUAUCUUUGACAUAAAAGGGAUUGGAAAAAGACCGCUGGCCUUGGAACACAUCACCAUAGACUGUCAAGUGGGGGAGAUAACAAAGAAACCCAUAGUGGUGCCCAAUUAUACAACAAGUAUCCUAACAUUUAAGGUGUCCUCAGAUCUUCUGAUGGUGUGGGGAAACCCAGACGUCACCAUAGACCCUGAUAAUGCAAUUCCCUAUAUUCUACACGUAUGCCCUUGGAAACGUGGUGUAUUCAAAGGUACAAUUUCGUUUUCCGUUAAAAGCAGACAAAAUGGUGAUUCUCAGGAAGACUCAGAUGAAGAUAAAGAUAGACAUCUAAUACCCUCCUUUGAGAAAUCAUUAUCAGAACCAUCUGACAAGUUUGAUGAGGAAACACCAGAUGAUGCUAUUAGCAAUUUACAAAUCUGGUAUUAUCUUGAGAUCCAUAGUGCUCCUGGACCACCCUUAAACACUAUUGAAGUGAAAUGUAUUGCUCUGGAGAGUGUUUGUAUUGAAGUACGUCUGUUUAAUCCGGAAGAGAAAAUUAUUCACUUGGAUGUGCAGUUAUCAAGUGCUGCCGUUAGUGGAUUCAAGGAACUUGUACUAUUUCCACUAGAUUCUCUCAACUGUGUUGUACGGUAUUCUCCAGCGACUACAGGCUAUAGAGAAGAAAGCAUUAUUUUUCAGCCUGAUACAGCUCUAGAGUUCUGGUAUUUACUGAAAGUAACUACUGACAUACCAAAACCAACCAUAAUGCCAGAAAUACAUUGUGACCUUGGAAAGUUUGUCACUCAGAUAAUUCCUUUAGAUAAUCCUACACAUGAAACCUUAGAAUUGCAAGCAACAAACAGUAAUCCUGAUAAUUUUGUCCUGGAGGUUAACAGAUCACCACUGAUCAUACCACCUCACUCCACCAAAGACAUAUGUUUUAAAGAAUGGAUAUUCUACAUCUCUGGAAGAGGACUAUUCCCCCAGCCUCUAGAAAUAGAAAGAAUGACCACAUACCUUCGUCUUCAAUCAUCUGUUCUUAUACCUUUCCAAAAUCCCACCAAAGAAGUUUUAAUCGAUAUCAUACUAACAGGAAUUGCAUUGCCUCCUAAAGGGACUGUAGAUAUCCAGGUGUUAUUUAUGCCCCAGGUUAUGAAAUUACAAAAAACAGUGGUCAUUGUUCAAAUGAAGAAGGCAAGUGGAGAAAGGUGGCCUAUUGACAGUUUUGAAGAAUUGCACACAGAGGUGAAAAGAGCUUUGGGGAUAGACAGUGAAGAAAUCCCAGGAAUAUGCUGGAUAUACCCUAUUCUUGGAUUCCCACAGGCACCACAUCCUAAAUGCCCCCAAGUUGUCAUAAAAUGUCAGUCUAGGAAGCGGGUAGAAGAGGAGGUGGAAGUCACAUUGGAUGGAGAUUUUUGGGGACAAAAUCCUAUAGAACUGACAGACUUUGUAGUGAUUCCAAAAAGAAAGUCAUAUGAUUCUUAUGAAGAUAUCAAAGAUAUACCUGUAAGACGUGAAUUUGAAUAUGAAAUUCAAUUUGAAUCUGAAGUCACGAAGGCUAAUUUGGAAUCCUGCGUGGCUUUAUAUUACAUAAAAAAAUCUUAUAAUAUCAAGGCUGAAAGGGUAACAUUGGUCUUCAGUCUGAUAUUUGCACCAAAGAAACCAUUGAGGUCUCAAAUUACACUGAAAAUAGAGUGCAUAACAGAUGGAAUCUGGAAAUUUCCCAUGAUGUUGGUUGCUACUGAGCCUGAUGUGGAUGGUGUCAUUGACAUAGAAGGGGUUGGUUUAUUUAAAGGAUCUACUGUUGACUUCAGGCUGACAAGUCAGACAAGAAAACCCGAGCCAUUCACGGCAUACUUCCUACCUGGCAGUUAUCCUGAGUUUUUUGUAAAACCUCAGGUUGGAGAACUUCUUCCUUUUGACACUGAAGGAACUCUAAUCGUUGUGGGUUUUAAACCCAAAAUGUACAGCAGUAAAUACACAGCAACAUUAGCAAUACAGACAGCAGAUAUGUACUGGUUGUAUGAUAUUAAUGGGUUACCUCAAGUUACCAUACCACCAGUGAAUGUAAAAGCCAAAGUUAACACUACUAACAAGAUGUUUGACAACAAGCCAUCUAAUCGGCACAAUUUUAUCUAUGAAAAUGCUCAAAUCACAAGGACGGUACCCUCUACCAUCAAGGGUGCUCCUUUGAUGUUGAAGAAUAAAUAA